UUUAAUAAGCUGGCGGUCUGUCAGAAAAUAAGCUGGUUUCUGCAGCAUUUCAGACGCCCAUUGCUUUUUGCUUUGGCUUUGAGUGGCGCGAGCGUCAGCGCGAGGUCAUGCGCGCCGCCGCUGAGCAGCUGUCAAUCACAAUUGCUCGCGAGAGAUCGCAUUGAAGCGGCUUGUUACAUUGUUUUGCGGCACCACAACACUUUCUGCAGAAUUUCACAACAGAGACGGUCGACUUGUCGCUUCCGCUUGGAGAGUCUCGUAGUAGCAGGUGGAGGGAAGGCGGAUCGACUGGCCGAGCCCGCCAUGCCCGGUCCCGUGAGCAGCAAAGCACGGGUUUAUGCUGAUGCCAACACUGUGAAGAGCAAGGAGUACUGGGACUAUGAAGCACAUGUGCCUAGCUGGAGCAACCAGGAUGACUACCAGCUUGUACGAAAGCUCGGAAGGGGCAAAUACAGUGAAGUGUUUGAGGCCAUCAACAUCAACAGCAACGACAGAGUAGUUGUUAAAAUACUGAAGCCUGUUAAGAAGAAGAAGAUUAAGCGUGAGAUCAAAAUUUUGGAGAACUUAAGAGGAGGAACCAACAUCAUUCGUCUUGUAGACACAGUGAAGGACCCUGUGUCUAGAACGCCAGCCCUUGUGUUUGAGUACAUCAAUAACACAGAUUUCAAGGAUCUCUAUCAGAGACUUACAGACUUUGAUAUCCGGUUCUACUUGUAUGAACUUCUCAAGGCACUGGACUACUCUCACAGCAUGGGCAUCAUGCAUCGGGAUGUCAAACCUCAUAAUGUCAUGAUAGACCACCAGAUGAGAAAGUUGCGGCUUAUAGAUUGGGGUCUUGCUGAGUUCUACCAUCCUGCACAGGAAUACAAUGUAAGAGUCGCCUCAAGAUCAUAUAAGGGACCAGAGCUGCUGGUUGACUAUCAGAUGUAUGACUACAGUUUGGACAUGUGGAGCUUAGGCUGUAUGUUAGCCAGUAUGAUCUUCCAGAAAGAGCCAUUUUUUCAUGGUCAAGACAACUAUGACCAGUUGGUCAGAAUUGCCAAGGUUCUUGGAACAGAAGAGCUAUUCAGCUACCUGAACAAGUAUCACAUUGAGCUGGACACACGUUUCAAAGAUCUGCUCGGCCAGCAGACACGUAAGCGCUGGGAGAACUUUGUUCAGCCAGAGAAUCAGCACUUGGUGAGCCCAGAAGCUCUGGAUUUGCUGGAUAAACUCCUGCGU